ACUUUAUAGCAAGACUUUCAUUGUAUAUUUUAAAUUGAAAAUUGACUUCUGUAACACGUAUCAAAAACUCUUUUGUGGUAAUGGCUUUCACGUCAUGACGACUUUUUCUCCUAAUCUUUAAAAAAAAUUUACAAGCCAAUUUUGAAUCAACACGAGGCUUCAUUGCAGGCACGAUUGUUACUUACGAUCUCAUAUCUUCCAACAUUUAAUCAUUUGUAAGAAGCUUCACUAAACUCAUGAUUAGUUUGCUUUUUUGUCAAGACUCCAUAACACAGACGAAAUGAAGCUUGAAGACUUACUUGGGGAAGAAGAAACCAAAGAUCAAAACAGCGUAGCUGCUCUUCUUGAUCAUCAUCGCCGUCUAAACCGCCAGGAAUCGCAACAGCUACCAGCAGAAGUGAAGGAUGAUUAUAAAAGCGAAGAAGAGAAGAAAGACUUGUUAAAGAAGAAACAAAAACGCCGUCUUCAAAGAGAUGUAGUGAAAAUGCAAGGAGAGCUAGAGGACGAGCAAGCACUCAACAAGGCUUUACGUGACAUGCUUCGUGGUCCUGUCAUGUCUCAGCCUCGUCUCUCUUUACUGCUUCUUCCUCCUCAGGCAAGUUCAUUUGUUCAUAAACUCUGCCAUUUAAAUGUUUGAAUGAAUAAAUUAAACUAAGGGGACUUAAUCUCUAAAGAGUUUGUAAGAAUAUAAGCUUCCACAUCGGGAGUUUUAAUAAGACAUAAUUAACAUAUAACGACUUGGACAAAUUCACUUCUCGUCAGUUGGUUUAAAGUUGGAAAUCGCACGAAUGGUUAUUAAAAAUGUUUUGAGACUGUAUAGGUUCAAGAGCUAAUAGAGGAGCUUGGGACGGUUGAGGCAGAGAUACUUUGCCUUGAGAAACGAAUCCAAGACUUGAAACUUGAUGUGCAUAGUGAGAGGAAAGAGAAUCAAGAACUUGAAGCCAAUCUUG